AUGGAUAGAGCGGCGCUGCGCGCGGCGGCGAUGGGGGAGAAGAAGGAGGGCCGCGGCGGGGGGGACGCGGCGGCCGCGGACGGGGGCCCCGGGGCCGCAGCCAGCCGGGCGCUGCAGCAGUGCGGCCAGCUCCAGAAGCUCAUCGACAUCUCCAUAGGCAGCCUGCGCGGGCUGCGUACCAAGUGCGCCGUGUCCAACGACCUCACCCAGCAGGAGAUCCGGACCCUGGAGGCGAAGCUGGUCCGCUACAUCUGCAAGCAGCAGCAGUGCAGGCUGAGUGUGGCUCCUGGUGAGAGGACCUCGGAGCUCAACAGCUACCCUCGCGUCAGUGACUGGCUGUGCACCUUCAAUGUGAGGCCGGCGGUGGUGCAGGAGAUCCUCAGCGAGCUCACGCUGGAUGCCCUGCUGGACAUGAACGAGGUCAAGGUGAAGGAGACGCUUCGGCGCUACGGGGCCAAUGCCGAGGAGUGUAGCCGCCUGCAGUACGCCCUUGCCUGCCUGCGGAAAGUGACAGGUCUGGGAGGAGAGCACAAAGAGGACUCGGGCUGGAGUUCAUUGGAUGCCCGGCGGGAAAGUGGCUCAGGGCCUUCCGCGGACGCCCUCUCACCGGCCAGCCUGCCUUGGCCCCCAGGGGGCACCCAGCUGGGCAGAAUGGGCGGCAGCACCCAGGGCCCACGCUCCGUGUCUGUGUCCGCUCUGCCCACCUCAGACUCCCCAAUCCCCGGCCCCUGUGAGGGCCUCUCGGACACCUGUAUCCUCCUGCACACCAGUGGCCGGCUGACCCCCCGGGCCCUGCACAGCUUCAUCACCCCUCCGACCACACCCCAGCUGCGAAGGCACACCAAGCUGAAACCGCCACGGACGCCGCCCCCGCCCAGCCGCAAGGUUUUUCAGCUGCUGCCCAGCUUCCCCACGCUCACCCGGAGCAAGUCCCAUGAGUCUCAGCUGGGGAACCGCAUUGAUGAGGUCUCCCCGAUGACGUUUGAUCUCCCACAUGGAUCCCCACAGAUGGUACGAAGGGAUAUCGGGCUGUCGGUGACUCACAGGUUCUCCACCAAGUCUUGGCUGUCCCAGGUCUGCCACGUGUGCCAGAAGAGCAUGAUGUUUGGAGUGAAAUGCAAGCAUUGCAGAUUGAAAUGUCAUAACAAGUGUACAAAGGAAGCCCCUGCCUGUAGAAUAUCCUUCCUCCCACAACCCAGGCUUCGAAGGACGGAAUCUGUCCCCUCGGAUAUCAACAACCCAGUGGACAGAGCAGCUGAGCCCCAUUUCGGAACCCUCCCCAAAGCACUGACAAAGAAGGAGCAUCCUCCGGCCGUGAACCACCUGGACUCCAGCAGCAACCCGUCCUCCACCACAUCCUCCACGCCCUCCUCGCCGGCACCCUUCCCAACAUCAUCCAAUCCAUCCAGUGCUACCACGCCCCCCAACCCCUCUCCUGGCCAACGGGACAGCAGGUUCAACUUCCCAGCUGCCUACUUCAUUCAUCAUAGACAGCAGUUUAUCUUUCCAGACAUUUCAGCAUUUCCACAGGCAGUCCCAUCCCCUGACGCGGCGGACAGCACCCGGCUCGACAACCAGCCAAAAGCGGACGUGUUGGAGGAUCGUGACGUGGAGGCCGAGGAGCCGGAGGCCGGCAAGUCAGACGCAGAGGGUGACGACGACGAGGUGGACGAUCUGCCCAGCUCCCGCCGGCCCUGGCGGGGCCCCAUCUCUCGCAAGGCCAGCCAGACCAGUGUGUACCUGCAGGAGUGGGACAUCCCUUUUGAGCAAGUGGAGCUGGGCGAGCCCAUCGGGCAGGGCCGCUGGGGCCGGGUACACCGCGGCCGCUGGCAUGGCGAGGUGGCCAUCCGCCUGCUGGAGAUGGACGGCCACAACCAGGACCACCUGAAGCUGUUCAAGAAGGAGGUGAUGAACUACCGGCAGACGAGACACGAGAACGUGGUGCUCUUCAUGGGGGCCUGCAUGAACCCGCCCCACCUGGCCAUCAUUACCAGCUUCUGCAAGGGGCGGACGUUGCACUCAUUUGUGAGGGACCCCAAGACAUCUCUGGACAUCAACAAGACCAGACAGAUUGCCCAGGAGAUCAUCAAGGGCAUGGGCUAUCUACAUGCCAAGGGCAUUGUGCACAAAGAUCUCAAAUCCAAGAACGUCUUCUAUGACAAUGGCAAAGUGGUCAUCACAGACUUCGGGCUGUUUGGCAUCUCGGGUGUGGUCCGAGAGGGCCGGCGUGAGAACCAGCUGAAGCUGUCCCAUGACUGGCUCUGCUACCUGGCCCCGGAGAUCGUCCGCGAGAUGACCCCCGGGAAGGACGAAGACCAGCUGCCGUUCUCCAAAGCUGCUGACAUCUAUGCGUUUGGGACUGUUUGGUAUGAACUGCAAGCAAGAGACUGGCCCUUUAAGAACCAAGCUGCAGAGGCCUUGAUCUGGCAGAUUGGAAGCGGAGAGGGUAUGAAGCGUGUCCUGGCCUCCAUCAGCCUGGGGAAGGAAGUCACUGAGAUCCUGUCUGCCUGCUGGGCUUUCGACCUGCAGGAGAGGCCCAGCUUCACCCUGCUGAUGGACAUGCUGGAGAAGCUGCCCAAAUUGAACCGGCGGCUCUCCCACCCUGGCCACUUCUGGAAGUCUGCUGAGUAA